CGGCUUUGCUGGCGCCUCCCUCCUCUGCCACCUCCACCCCUGCCUGCUCACUUGCCGGUGCUGUGGAGAAGGCGGCGGCAGCUUUGGCGGCUCCACUAUGGCGGCGGCGGGGAGGGGGGACAGUAGUUUUAAAGUAGACACCUGCCCUUGCCUCAGAGAAGAUCCCACCCGUGACGGACAAGAACAAUCUGCGUAUUUUACAAAUAAUUUUUGUAAACCAUGUGGAGUGGUUCUACAGCAUGAAUCAGAAAGGAUUUCACAUUUUGAGAGUGAAAUACAUGCUCAAAAUGUUAAGUUCUUUUUUCAAAUGCAUGGAGAACAAAAUGAAGUGCCUGGUAGGAAAGUGAGCGUGGAUGUUGGAAAUUCUCAGGUGUGCACGAGUGGAGAAGUCAACAGAAACCCGUUUACUGGUCUCUGCAACAUGAGUUUUGACUCCGCAGCUGCUGCUCCAUCUCACUGUGUGGAAACGAGCCAUUCUCAAACUCAGACGCAAUUACUGGAAGAGCAUAGUCAAGUAUCUCCAUCCACAUGCCCACCAAAGAUGGAUGAUAAACCCAGUACUGCUCCUGCCCCGCCAACCUUCCUGAAGUCUGUUAUUGUGAAGCCUCCUCCAGCAUAUAGAAUGAGAACCUAUGUAUGCCAUAUCUGCAGUAUCACCUUUACAUCUUUGUAUAUGUUCCGGUCCCACAUGCAAGGAACUGAACAUCAAAUUAAAGAAUCUCAUGUUAUCAAUCAAGUGAAGAAUUCAAAGAAAAUGCAAGAGUCUUACCAAGCUGAAUGUGGAGAUUACAACCAAAUGAAGAAAUCUCGAGAGCUAGAGCCCAGGGCUCAUUUCAGGAAAAUGGAGGAGGAUAAUUACAUGGAAACACAUGGAUACAGAGAAAUGGUUGAUUCUACACCCAGACAUCAAAUGCUUGAACAAAACCUUCCACUUGAAAAUUUCUGGGCACCCCCAGGACCAUACAGUGAUUCUAGAACAGUAGAGGAGCAGUUACCUCAUAGUUUACCAGCAGAGUCAAAGACAUAUGACUCUUUCCAAGAUGAACUUGAAGAUUACAUCAAAGGGCAGAAGGCCAGAGGACUCGAUCCCAAUAUUAGUUUUAGACCGAUGUCAGAAAGCUAUAGCCACAGGGAUCACAGGUACACAGAAGGGGUUGAUCCUGGACACAGACAGAGGCCAUGUGAGGAAAGGUUUUCAUUUGAGGCACCACAGACCUACCAGCAAGAAUACAAUGGCUCCCCAGUGGAGGACCAAUCUCCUUACUGGUUAGCACCUCAUUCAAAGAGUAGAAAUGAUGAUUUCCAAAAUGAAUCUGAUGAUUACAAGGUGCAGGAAUCUAGAGAAUUCGAGCCAAAGACUUCCUUUACAAGAAUUGAUAGUUCUUUUGAAACCCAUAAUUACAGAGAAAUGGUUGAUGGAAGUUCCAGUCAUGGAAUGUUUGAGGAAAGACUCCCAUGUGAGACUUUCCCGACUUACCCAGCUCCAUACAGCAGUGCAGAAGCAGUAGAAAGCCAGUUACCUCAUUGUUUACCAGCUUAUGAGAACCAACCGAGCCUAGAUACUGACAGCUACUAUCAGCUUACCACAGAAGAGUUCUCAGACAUGCCUGUUUCCCUGAGCCUUAGUCAACAAGAACAUGACCCUAGUUCAUACAGUGUAGACUAUGACAUCUACAAACAUCUGCCCUCAAAUGACAGUGCCAGUGCCCAUGAAACAGGUCAUAAAAGGCGACAUCAGAAGAGAAGACGACACCUGGAAGAAGGAAAAGAAAGGCCAGAAAAGGAACAGUCCAAGCAUAAGAGAAAAAGAAGCUAUCAGGAUAAAGAUUUAGACAAAGACAAGAACACCGAGCAAAGUAAAGGAGACGAAGAUAAAGCUGGAGUCAGCUCUGAAAAAAUCAAGCAUCGAAGAAAGAAAAGAAAGCAUGAAGCUUCCUCAGAGAAAGAAGAACGUAAGCACAAAAGAAAGAGAAAGAAAUCUGUUGAAGAAAGAACAGAAGAGGAAAUCCUUUGGGAUGAGUCAAUUCUUGGGUUCUGAACCUAUAGUAUACUAAGAAGGGCUAAGCAAAAACAAUAUUGGUUUAGAUAAAGACAGGAGUAAGUGUGAAAUCAAGGAAAGGUAGGUACAGAAUCAGCACAGAAAACCUUUGGGUUUCUUUGUUUUCGAAAGUUGAAAUUGAACACGAGAAACAAUAUACAAGACAUCUAAAUCCAACAUUUAAGGAACUGUUUUGAGGUAAACAUACUCAAAGAAUUUGAACUUUUAAUUUUACUUAAGAAAACCAGUGGGGGAAAAAUCUGAUGAAAUUGGUGGAGAAAUUUUAGAUAAAAUCGAGUACUUCAGAUGAAGAGAAGGGUUAAAGUCAGUGUCCAUUCAAGAAAAGAGUCUCCCUCUGUGUAUGUGUGUAUUAUAUAUGUGUGCCUGUAUAUAUGUGUGUAUGUAUAUAUGUGUGUGAUCGUGUGUAUGCGUCCUGUGCUCUGCUCUGCUCUCCUCUCCUCUCCUACUUCCCCUACUCCUCUUUUUCUGCCACUCCCUCCUUUCAAAAUGUUGAAAGAAGAACCACAAAGUCUAAACCUAGCCUUCAAACAGCAAGAACACAAUACUAAGAAGCAUGAGCGGAGAAGAAACCUGCUUAAGAGAAAGCAGAAGAUUCAGUGUUUUCUAGUUUGCAGUUUUAUUACCUUAAGGUUGAAGAAAGGUUGAAAAUUUUGGUUUCCUGAAGUUUGUGUUCUUUGUGUAUUUGUACAUGUGUACAGUUAAUCUCUAACAAAGCCAGAUGAAGUAAAAUUAUUCAUUAUGCUUUUCUAAUGUCACUUUCUUUGACUUUCUAAGAAAGAAACUUACUCUACUGCUUAUGUAUAAUACAGUUUUCUUAAAGUAGAGGUGUUUCUACUUUGUCCAUCAAGUUGUAAUGAAAAUAAGUUGUUUGCUCAUAGAAGUUAUGUACUUAAAAUGGUGAAUUACAACAUGGUCUACAGCCAUACCACCCUGAAUUUUCCCAAUCUUGUUUGAUUUUGGAAGAAUGGUCAACCUUGUAGGAGACCAAACUUCACAGAAUCCAUUCCUUUUAAGAAUUUGUGUUAGUAUUGGUGGUAUUUUACUACUGUCAUGUGUUAACGUUCUGUUUUCUUCAAUGGAAAUGUAUGAAACAACGUAGACUUUUUUGUUAAAUCUAAUUUGCAGUGUAUUUUUGUAUUUUCUAGUUUUGAAAGUGGAAAAUUAGUGUAUAAUAAAUUAGAUGAUAUAUACUUUUAAAAUGUUCUUCAAAAGGGCUGAUAGAAAUCGGUCUAUAUUCUGAAAAAUGUUUAUAUUAAAGUGUUUUAAUUUCUAAA